AGCAUAAAAUCUUUCAAAUUUACAUCAAAUUUUUAAGGUUAUGUUAUAAUUUCUUUAUCUUUUAAAUGAUGGAUCCAGAAGAAGUUGAGUUUUUAAGUGAAAAAACAUUAAUAACAAUUAUUCCAACGUUUAACAGUAACGUUAUCCAUUUAAUUCAAGGGGAUAUAGGUCCGUUUCGGGCCAGUUUACCAAUCACCGUUCCUCUUUGGAUAGCAAUUAAUCUAAAACAACAACUAAAAUGCAAAAUACAACCUCCAGAUUGGAUGAACGUUGAUGAAUUAGAAAGGAUUAAGGAAGAGGAGAAAGUGUCUAGAACGUUUAUUAAAAUGCCAAGCGAACAUUAUAUGGUGGAGACAAAAAUUUUAUUGGGUGUAGCUCCAGAUGAUAUUCCAAGAGCAGAUGAAAUACGAACAAUGAUCAAGGAUAUUUGGGAUAUAAGAAUGUCGAAAAUACGAUCCUCAGUUGAUGUUUUAAUUAAAAGUUCUGGUUGUUAUGCUGCUAUUGAUAAUUUAACGUUAAUGGAGAUUAACUCGAUAAGGCCUUUAUUACCACAUUCUUUAGAUCAAUUAUAUCGUAUGAAACAGUCAAAGAUUACGGCUGAAUCUCAAACAUCUGGAUUUUUUAGUGCUAAUCAAAGCAGAAUUACACCUUUUAAAUUAAAUCGAAAUAGCUCUAGUGGUAGUCGUAAUUAAUUUUUUAUAAAAUUUAUUUUAUCAAUAAAAAUACAGUGAAUUUCACUUCUAAUGCAAUACACUCAUACCUCAUUAUACGGCGGUGAUACGUUAUCGGACGUAUAUAUUAAAAAUGGUUUGAGCUUAAAACCUCCAGCCACAUUUGCGCCAAGCAGCAACGUUAAUCGUUCCUUCGAUACUUUAAAUCCCUGCAUAGCUCUUUCGUUCUUAGAAAUAAAUGUUCUAUCAGGCAUUAUUUUCCAGUAUGGGGCUCAUCUACAUUAAACAUUUGUUGUGGAUCGUAUCUACCUCUUUCAAUAGUUAAUUUCAGUAUGUCCACCUUUCAUUUUAAUAUUAUGCAAAUUAUGUCGCCUAUUGAAUUUUUCAAACCAACCGUGGCUUACCAAGAAUUUUUCACUCAAUUUAUCUCCUCACUAUUCAAACGUUCAAAAAUAGAUUUUGCUUUUUUCUGGAUAUUCAUUUGACUCAUCGCCAUUUUUCGUUGAUUGUUGUCUUCAAUCCAGAUUAUUAAUAAUUUGUUUUAUUUUUUCCAUUUUAUCACUUGGUUUGCGUGUUAUUUUAGACAUACUUGAAGGAGCAGCUGACUAUGAAUGUAGUUUAUUUUUUUCUUAUUGUUGCCAAUUUGGUUGAACUGUAGAUUUCGGCCUUAUACAUGUCAGUGUCAAGGGCAGUAUAGGGAGGUAUGAGUGUAUACAAAAAUAUAUUUCCAUAGAAUCCAGGGCGUACUGUGCAGUGUCCGUUACAGCUCAAUUAAGAUGGCUAAACCUGAAUGUUUCUAGUUCUAGUAUUAGCACUAUU